CCAUUACAGAAUAAAGAGAAGGAGAAGAUGAAGGACGCCAAGGACACGCGCUACACCAACGGGCACCUGUUCACCACCAUCACCGUCUCCGGGACCACGAUGUGCUUCGUGUGCAAUAAAAGCAUCACGGCCAAGGAGGCGCUCAUCUGUCCGACAUGCAGUGUCACCAUCCACAACCGCUGCAAGGACACCCUGCCCAGCUGUACCAAGGUCAAACAGAAGCAGCAGAAGGCGGCGUUCAUAAAGAACAAUAGCGCUCUCCAGAACGUAUCUUUGCGGAAUAAAACCACUACAUUAAGGGAGAGACCCAACUCCGCCAUCUACCCGUCUGACAGCCUCCGCCAUUCCCUGCUGGGAUCCAGACGUGGGCGGCCAUCUUUGUCCCUCUCUAAAAGCGUCUCCACCACCAACAUAGCC